AUGAAAGCGGAAGCGACGUGGCAAGGAGUUCCAGCUCAUAUAAAAGAAGAUAUUGUUACAAGUUUGGAUUAUAAAUCUAGAUUUCGUCUUAGAGCUUGUUCUAAGAACGACAGAGCAUUGAUCGAUAGCUCUUCAGUUUUUCUUCAUGGAAUAGAAGUUCAUAUUGCAUCCGGAAAAAACCAGGAGACUUCUAACGUUCUAAAAAUCAAAGACGGCGGAAAUUCGAUUGAGAUUACAAACAACAUCAUUGUUCACUUUUUUCACAUCUUCAAACUAAAAAGAUCAUUCGUCGAAAAUGUUGCUAUUGUGGUUCACUAUUCGGACACUGAGAACACUACAUUGAUGGAAAAGAUGACGGAAACAACAAAAUCAUGUGGUGGGAACUUCAAAAUAAGAGCGAAAAGAUUGUAUUUUAAAACGACUGGACUUUCGGAUCAACAUUUGUUCCAAGUGUUUCAACUGUUCGAUUCAAAUUUACUGGAAUCAAUUGCAUUUGGUCACAAGAUAUCUGAUGAACUUUUACCCAGAAUAACUAAAACUGAAUCUUGGAAAAAAGCAAAAGAAAUUUGUUUCAAUAAAGCUCAACAACUUCAAGUCGAUCAUCUUCUUCAUGUGAAUAAAUUGAGAUUCUUCCCAUUACUUAUCACACCUGAAGACAUGUGGAAACUGAUAGUAACAUUCACAACAAGAAAAAAAUUGUCCCGUCAUUUUGGAUUCCGUCUCAUUUUUCGCAAUGAAUGGAAUCCAUCACACUUUCCAGCUGAAUUCAAAGCGUCUUCAAUCGAAAAACGAAGGUAA